CGUCCCUCAAACAGGAAGGUAAACAAACAAGGGCAAGUUGGUCACGUAAUGAAACAAAAUGCGCAAAGAAAUUUUAAUCUGAAAUAAAAGAGACGCUGUUACAAAGAAAGUUAUGAUUCAAACACGGAAUAUAUUGUUUAUACAGUGAAGUUUAGACCAUCGUGAGUUUAUUUUGAUGUGUUUUGCGGCUGGGAAGCACAUUUUACUUCACUUUUCUGCAUUCAGUUUUAACUUUUGAACGAAAAAUGAGGAUUUCUACUAAAAAGCUGCAAGAACUCGCGAUAUUCACCACUGUAGUGACUGGAGGAGGAGUGGGAGUCAUGUACUACCUGAUGCAAAAGAAAUUUGCCGCGUCGGAGUAUCACCAGCUCGCCGUGCAGAAGCUGGAGGCGUGUUCUGUCGCCAUGGAGAGUCUGGGAGCUCCGCCUCUGAAAGUCUACAACCUGAGACUGACCGAUAAACAGAACUACAUCGACCAGCACUGGGCCCAGAUCAAGAUCCCCGUGAAAGGUUCAAAGACCGGAGGAUAUUUGUACACUUCUUCACACAGAGACGAGAGAGAAAACAGGUGGCGUCUGAAACAGGCCGUCCUGAAGCUGCGGGAGGGAGACACCAUCGACCUCCUGAACCCUCCUCGGACUGAAACUGUGACGACGCAAGAGGUUUUAGACACCGGGGAGUGGGAGUGAGACUCAACCUCAAUAAAACAUAUUUAUAAACUCAA